CCUGCAGAGAGGAAAGAGCAGUUCUUUCUCUGCCACAUGAUCACACACAACUGUCCAGUACAAUAUGAGGAAACUAACUCUCGCUCUCUUCCUCGCUGUGUGUAUCUGCUCUGUAGCAGUUCACAGCAGGAUCAGGCAGAAGAGAGCCUGGGUCAUUGACAGCUUCAGCAUUGAGGAAGAAAACCCCGGCCCUUUCCCAUACUUGUUGGGGACGAUUGAACUGGACAAAAAAUAUUUGGUCAACUUCGGUCUGCAUGGCAGCGGCGUUGAUGAAGAGCCCAAAGGAGUUCUGACAAUCAAUAAAAAAAAUGGCCAGAUUUCGGUCCAUAAGAAGGUUGACUACGAGACUUUUCACUUGCUCAAGUUAACAUUUGAAGCAACAAACGUCUCCACUAACAAAGUGGACACAAGGCUCGGGGUUGAAAUCAAGAUCUUGGACAUCAAUGACCACGCCCCAGUCUUUAGUCCACCUCACCAGCAGGCUACUGUGAACGAGUCUACAGCUCAAGGUCGGUUAGUAGCAACAGUGAUGGCCACAGAUAGGGAUGACUCACAAUCUCCAAAUGGAACCUUCUCCUUCAAUAUUGUUUCUGUUACUCCUAAAACGGACAAUGUGGAGUUUUUCCUUGAGCCGACUGGACCGUCCACUACAGGAAGGAUAUUUUUUAGGGGAUGUUUAGACUAUGAGAAAGCAAAGAAAUAUACCAUCCUGGUGGAAGCCAAGGAUCAGGGAGAUAAAGUGCAGCUCUCCAGCACGAGUAGCGUGACAGUGAACAUUAUCGACAAGAACAAUUACCUCCCGGAGAUCACGGGUCAAACAGGCCCUGGUAGGAUAAAGGAACGAGACAGUGGAGUGGAAGUCCUGCGCCUGCAAGUAGCUGAUAAAGACAGUCCAGGUUCACAAGCCUGGAAAGCUAAAUACACAAUUCAUGGAGAUAAGGAAAAAUAUUUCAAAAUAGAGACGGACCCCAAGACUAAUGAAGGAGUCCUAACAGUUAUAAAGGCAAUGGAUUACGAGGAGCAAACUUCAAGAAAUGUGUCAAUCAGUGUGGCAAAUGAGGUGCCAUAUUUCUCCUGUGAGAUCACCGGACGUCCUGCUAAGAGAUUAUGGGAUGUAAAGACCUUCAAUGAAGAGCCUGGAAAAAGUUUACCAGACUUCCCUAAGUUGUCUCCUGUCACCAUUGCUGUGGAGGACGUAAACGACCCUCCAGAGUUUGUACCACCUGUUAGAAAGGUGGGGAUCAUGGAGAACACAGAACCAGGAGCCCACUUGUGCACUCUUGAAGCCAAAGACCCUGAUAAAACCCACUCCAGCAAAUUUUAUUUUAGCAAAGGAGAAGAUGUAGAUAACUGGAUAACUGUAGAUCCAGAAACUGGUGAAGUGUUCACAGCAAAGGUUCUGGACAGAGAAUCACCCUUGUUGAAGGACAGUUCCUACAGUGUGAUCCUCUAUGUUGUGGAUAAUGGGGAGCCUCCUGCCACAGGCACAGGAACUUUGGUAAUCCAACUGGGAGAUCUAAAUGAUAACGCACCCCACCUGACCUCCAACAACUCGAUCAUGUGUGGGAAUAAGACUGCCCGGGUGACAGUGAAGCCUGAUGAUGCUGACGCACCUCCAUAUGCAGGACCCUUUUCCUUCUCUAUUGCAAGUGAAGAUAAGAAGCUGUUGAGCAUGUGGAAGUUCAACCCAAGCAGAGGUGAACAAUGUUUCAGUGGUUUUAUGAACAGGUCUGAAUCUUCAUUGAUAAGUCUGAAGAGUUUGCCAUACGGGAACUACUCGGUUCCACUGCGGAUCGAGGACCAGCAGGGGAAAGUAGGACUGGACACUCUGAAUGUGGUGGUGUGUGACUGUGGGGAUAAAGACGUGUGCCUGUCUCAUUCUUCCAACCUGCAUGGAGCAGCUUUAGGAAUCCUACUGGGAUCGAUGGUGAUACUCGCUUGUAAGGGUCUCUAG